AUGAACGAAACAAAAUCGCCAUUUUCCGAAAAUUCUUUCUACAAAAAAAGGCUCUCCACUUUACCGCGAAAGUUUGAUUCCGAUUUUUUGGAUGUUCAUUGCUUGACGCUCAGACCCGUCAAAGAUUCGUUAAACUUGAAUUUUUCUACCGCCGCCGAUCCAACUGAAUUAUCUUCCUACGGCGACAUCGCUACAAACGUUAGUGAUCACAACUCGGGGAUUGACCUGACCGCUGUGGCCAUUACUACGUCGAUUUCAUCAACAACUGUAUCUUCUCCGACCACGGACGCAGCUACAACAACCGCAGUCGUUACAACAACAACUGCAGCUACUACUGCCGCAUUCAUUUCAAAGAUUGCUGCUGCUGUUAAAAACGCGACUUCAGUUACUUCAUCAUCCGAGGCCACAGCUGUCAACAAAGCUUCAUCAAACGAGAACAAAAAUUUGAACCCAUCAACAUCAGCAACGAACUUGGAAAGAAAUUUCGAAGAAAAUUUCACAUUGUUGAAAAAUUUCAAUUGCAGUAAAUUUUCAAAUCCUUCAGAAUUAUUUGAUUCUCUAGAAUUUUACCAGACAAACUCAGUGAAAGAGACCAAAAAAAUGAGUAGAAACCCAAAAAGAGUUAGUAAAGUUAGUAAAGGUUUCAAAUCUGAUGACGAAAGUGCCGACGAAGAUUUGCCGUUAGGUAAGCUGUUAGGCAGAAAACCAAAAAUUAGUAAAAAUCUGGAGAAUGUUUGUAGCAAAAGUUCAUCAAAAUUACCUCCAGCUAAGUCGUCAUUGAGUAAAAAAUCAGAAACGGCAUCUACAUCAAAAAAUCUAAAACAAAAAAAAUCAAUUUUGAUGGAGAAUUCAGAUAGUAAUAAAAACAAAGUCGAGAGGACAUCGAACGUUGGAAAAAAAUCGGCAACCAAAAAACCCAUCACUGAUAUCUCAUCUCCAACAAAGAAGAGAGGAAGAAAAAGGAAGACAGAAUCAUCAUCACUAUCACCCCCAACAUCGUCAGCACCAGCACGAUCAUCAACAUCAUCAUCGUCACAUACUCCAACUCUCAGUAAAGCUCUUCAUGCUGAUAAUGAUGGCAAAAAAGAUGAUGAGAAAAAUGAUGAUGAUGAAGAUGAUGGUAGAAAUAAAAGUAGAAAUAGAAAAAGACGUAGGACCAGUAACAAUGAUGAUAUCAAGAAGAACAAGAGUGAUGAUGGUACUGGCAAUAAUGGUAAUGUUAGCCAGCAUGGUGAUACAAAUGGUGAUGGCAAUGUUAAGAAUGAUAUAUCAGCAGCAAGUAAUUCAUUAUCUUCAUUGAUACUAUUUGUGUCUCCAUCACCGACACAAGCUGAAUCAUCAUCAUCAGGGUCAUCUGCAACUUCUUUAUCAUCAAAACUGCCCGCAUCAUCAACUUCAUUCUCAUUGGAAAGUGUCCCAUCAUCGUCUUCAUUAUCAUUGGCUCUCACAUCAUCGUCCUCAUUAUCAUUAGUUGUCACAUCAUCAUCUUCAUUCCCAUUGGCUAGUAUCAUAUCAUCAUCUUUAUCCUCAUUGGCUGACACAUCAUCGCCAUUAAUGCCAUCAUCAUCAUUACCUCCGCCAAUGGAGAAUAAAAUUCCGCAGAAAAGAGGUCCUUCAUCCUCAUCGCUAUCAGUGUGUGGAAGAAAGCUUAGACCAAGAAAAUCUUUAGUAUUUAAUGAUGUUGAUGUCGAAAAAACUACUACUACUACUACUGCUGCUGUUACUACAGCUGCUACUACUACUACAGCUUCUACUACAGAUGCUACUAUUAUUGUAGCUGAUGCUACUACGGCAGCUAAUGCUACUACUUUUGAUACUUACACUUUAUCUGCUAAUGAGUUCACCAAUGUUUCUGAUGGUAUUAUAAGUACUGUUGAAACACUCAUCAACAUUUCAGAUGUUUCUUCAAGUAAUUUUACUGCUACUACUACUACUGCGGCUGCUACUGCUGCUAAGACUGCGGCUUCUACGGCCACUACUACUACUGCUUCUUCUACCACUGCCCAUGGAAUUGUAAGCAAUGGUUGUAAUAGUACUUCUGCUACUGUUGAAACUUCUACCGUUCCUGAAGUCGUUGAUAUUGUCAGUAUAAGUAGUAUCGGUAGUAAUGUUGAAGUUAGUAGUAAUGUUGAAGUGUAUGAAGAUAUUGGUAAAAGUUGUAGUAGCAUUGAUGAUGAGAGGCUGGAAAUGACCUCAGUAACAACAACAACAAUUAUGGUGAUCCCUGUAGAGACGUCAACAACAACAACAGCAGUUAUGAAGUCAUCAACAUCUGUGAUGUCAUCAUCAACAACAGCUAUGACAGCUUCAACAGCUAUGACAACAUCAGUAGCUGUGGCUUUAGCAGAACUGCCUGGAACAUCCACUACAACAGCUAUGACAGCAGUAACAGCAGCAGAGACUAUGACGUCAUCCACGACAACUGUAACGUCAUUAGCACCAGGAACUCCAUUAGCCCCUUCAUUACCAUUGCAAAAAUCAACGACAUUAACUUAUACUGAUACCGCUACCCUGGUUAACGUGACGUCAAUACCAACAUUGGUAGCGUCGACUGCAGCUUCAUCGUCGACAAUAACAGCAGCUGCUGCAGCAGCUUCUUCAUCGUCACUUGAGGACUGCAUACCAAGAUCUCCAGGUGCAAGUAUAUUGAGGAAGAGAAAAUUAGAUGAUAACUUAUUUUCACCAUCAUCGUCGUCGUCUUUGUCAUCUUCACCAUCAUCCAAGAGAGUGGCAUUUUCAGAAGUAGUGGAAACGUUGGAAAUUCCCAGCUGCCUGGCCUAUGGGGAAUCUCCACGAAGGGCUCUACGUUCUAAAAAUAGCCCUAACCCCAACAACAACAAUAAUAAUAACGCUGAUAACGUUGAUAGUUCCAAGAGUAAAAGUGAAUUAAGAGUAAAAAAUGAUGAUGCUUCACUGACGUCCGUCGAAGUCGAAUGCCUACCUCUGCCUGUUCCUAAAAUGUCCAGAUUGCAAAAAGUUCUCAGAGACUGGAAUGAUGCGGCAUCAUCAACAUUUUCUAUUCUUUCUAACAACUGCGAUGAUAAAGUUAUUAGGGGUAAUAAGAAUGAUAAAAAUGAUGAUGAAGAAGAAGCUGAUGGCCAUCCCUUCAUUGGUAAAACAGCUGGUGGUGAUGGCGCUAAACAAGCAGAGGAUAAAAACAAUGAUGAUGAAAAUGACGUCAUCAACGAUUAUAAUAAUAAUAAUAUUAAAACUAACAACAGUGAUGACGACGACGAUCAAGAUACAAUUAUGAAUGAAAUUGUUGAGAUUUUCAUCUUUGAUGAAAAAUAUAGUAGUUCCGAUGAUACUACUGAUAAUUUAGAUAAAAUUAGUAAUAAUGAUGAUAAUGACGACUUGACCACUACUACUACUGCUGCUGUUGCUGCUGCAGCUACUACUAGUACUUUUACUACUACUAUGAUCGCUAAUAACAUUGACAAAAAUACCGCUGCUUUAAUUAGUAUGCCAGCCCCUAUUUAUACUUCAUCUUUUUCAUCUGAUAUAAUUAGCUGUUUUACUUCUAUUAUCAAUUAUGCUACUUCUACUACUACUGCUACUUCUACUACUACUGCUACUUCUACUGCUACUGCUACUGUCGCUACUACUUCUACUAUUGAUAUUACCGCAAUUAAUUUUACAAAGUUAAAACCCAAAGACAAAGCUUUAUCGUCACAAAUAUAA